AUGGAUUCAAACAACAACAUCCCCACCUAUGUCUUCCGAGAUAUCGUCGGGACCGAUAUUCUGUCCCCUAUUUCCACUGAGGUCGUCAAUCAUAUCAUUUCCAACCCUCCAUUCGUUCCUAUCCCGGGGCUUUUCAAUUUCCGAGACCUCAGCCAUCCGCUCAUCACGCCGCCACUCCUGAGGCAAAACUACAUCUUCCGCUCUGGCAUGCUUUCAUUUCUUGAGGACGAAGGGAAGGUCAAGCUUACAGCUGGGCUAGGAGUGAAGAAAAUCUUUGACUUGCGGUCUGCGCCGGAAUUGGUCAAGUUUCCAUCUCCGGAGAUCGAAGGCGUGGAAGUGCGGUGGCUGCCCACCGUAUCAGAGGCAAAGCAUUUUCAUGUAGCUGAUUAUGAAGUCGGGGAUGCCGUCGCGGUAAUGACGAGGAUGUACCAAAAUAUUCUUGUUUCUCAUGUGCCCAUCUAUACGUCUGUGUUUGAACAUAUAAGGGACCUCCCCGAGGAGCCUUUCUUCUUCCACUGUACAGCUGGAAAAGACAGGACGGGUGUUCUAGCAGCUCUUAUCCUCCAUAUUGCCGGUUGCUCCCCUGACAUCAUUGCCGAAGACUACGUUCUCACCCGUGUGGGGUUCGAACCUGUCAGAGAAGUUCUACUUAAAUCUCUACUUGAUGGAACAGAAAAUGUGGACGAGUCAGUGAAGAGAGGCGUGGCAGUCGUUGGAGGAGUUCCGUAUGAAGCAAUGGUGCAAUUUCUUGUGUUUCUGGAAAGGGAUUUCGAGGGAGGGGCGGAGGGUUAUCUUCGUACCAAGUUAGGGUUUUCGGGGAAAGAUAUUGAGAGAAUUCGGCAAAAUUUGAGAGCCUAA